AAGCAUUGAUACGAAAGAAUUGAUCUUCGAUUUAUAUAAUAAAUUUAAAGGUAAGAUCGUGUUAUCGAAUCUCUUUAUUUAUUUUUAUUUAUUUAUUUUCUUAAAUAAUAAUAUUUAUUAUAAUCGUCUUUGUCUAAUCGUUCGACGCUUUUGAAGGUGGAUAUCUUGAAACGAUCAUGCGAUCAUUCAUGAAAAAGAUUUAAGUCGGUCUAUGAUAAAAGUAAAGUUAGGUGUGUCGUAAAUUAUAUUAAUAAAUUUUCGAUCGUGAAAAGAGUACACAAUGUAGAAAGAACGAAUAUCAUGAAAAUACAAAAGUAUUUGACAAAUAUUUCGACCAAUCAAAUUAAUUAAAUUAUAGUGACUAUAUUAGACAAAUCAGUUUUAUUAAUAUCAUCUUUUAUAUGAUCAUAUAAUUUUAAAAAUCGUCGUAGUGUCUAUAUUAACAUAAUUUAUAUAUUCUAUCAAUAAAAACUAAAAGAAAAAAAAUUCUAGAAAUUAAAUGUGAGGUUUAAAUUAUCUAUAUGAGAUUAGAAAAAAUAGAAUGUAUAGCUUUGGAAGCUGUGGCUCACAAACACUAAAAGAGAAGACGCGAAAGGAGGUGGAAAAAUUAAAUCGAGAAAGAGAGAGAAAAAGCGAGAUAGAAAAGGGAGGGGGGAGAGAGAAAGAGAGAGAAAGAACGUUAGAUAAAGACAGUAAAGCGUGUGUACUCUCGUAAAGGGCGCGUACGUGGUCAGAGUUCGUCAGUCUCGAUCGGUCUUCGAGUAAAAGAGGGUUACACGUUUUUUGUGCUAUUAUUUUCUUGUCUCGAGAGCCCAUUCAGAUUUUAUGAUCUUAACGAGGAAUAAAAAAAGAAAUUAAAUAAAAAUAAAUUGAGAAUAACGAUCUCGAAAAGAAAAAGAAACAAGAGAAAUAGAAAAAAAAACAACAAGCAUUAGAACCUCAAUAUUUCAUUGUGAAAAAAAAAUUAAAAAAAAAUAAAAAAAUAAAAAAAAUAAAUAAAGAAAGAAAUGACGAAAUAUUUGAAUAUUAUUUUUAAACGUUUACAUUGUCAACGUAACAAAGUUAAGAAUAUUAACAAAAUAUUUAUAAUAAAUUUACAAGAAAUAUGAUCAUCCGAUCUUCGUUUCAAUGAAGAAUAAAUGUUUUUCCUGUGAUAGUGUUCGCAACGUGUAAUCCUAUGCGUAUAUAUACGCGCGUGUAUAUGUGUGUGUGUGUGUGUAUGUGUGUGUGUGUGCGUGCGUGCGUGUAUCUAAUCAUCGAACUCAUUAAGAGGGGUCGUUAUUCCAUGAUCCAUUGGUAACUGCUCGCAAAUAAGUAAGCGUACUUUGCGAUUAAUGAACUUGUUGAAGGAAUCAACACAAAAGUGUAUGUGUCUGUGUCUGAAUAUACAUAUAUGUAUGUGUGUAGAUAUGUGUUCAUUUCAUUCGAGUCUUUGAUAAGUAUUGAAAAAGUUGAAUUUUAAUAAAUAUAUUCAGAUUUAUUCGUGCGAUAGGAAUAGUUGAUUUGUUAUUUGAUUUUGACCAUUCUAAAGGAUGCAAAAAAAAGGAAAUUUCUUGAAAAAGAAGAAUUGAAAAAAAAAAAGAAGAUUAAUAUGGCUAAUUCUUCGUCGAUUAAUAUCAGCUUCGAUGACGAAAAUGGAAUCGAAGCUUUUAAACAUUAUUCUCGCUCGGCCACUACCGCAGCUGCCAUUUGUGCGAUAAUCUUCAGUAUUGUUGGUAUACUAGGUAAUUUGGUGACAGUAAUCGCGCUACUGAAGUACACGAGACUAAGGCGACACGCUACAACUGCAUUCGUUAUAAGUCUAAGUGUCUCCGAUUUAAUUUUCUCUGCUGUGAAUUUGCCAUUGACAGCUAGCAGAUAUUUGAACGAAGCUUGGGUCCUUGGUGAUACACUUUGUCAGAUCUUCCCACUUUUCUUUUAUGGAAACGUAGCUGUCUCGUUGCUAAGUAUGGUUGCAAUUACAAUUAACAGGUAUGUACUCAUAUCAAGAUCGGAUAUCUACGCUGUUAUAUAUACAACUCGGGGUAUCGUAUUGAUGUUGAUCGCCAUAUGGACCCUUAGUUUCUCCCUUUUGAUACCACCUUUGAUAGGUAUAUGGGGUACUCUUGGAUUAGAUCCAAAGACCUUCUCUUGUACGAUUUUAAAGAAGAACGGUUCGAGUCCAAAAAAAGUACUCUUUGUUCUCGGCUUUAUUGUACCCUGCGUUGUGAUCAGCGUUUCUUAUCUUUGUAUUUACUGGCGCGUAAGAAAGAGCCGAAGGAACUUGGAAGCACAUGCUACUGGAGGAAGACGAAAAGUUGGUGGAUUUCAAAGGAGAGAAGAUUCCAGAGUGACGAGACUUAUGUUGAUUAUAUUCUUGUGUUUUUUAACGUGUUUCAUGCCAUUGAUGUUGGCAAAUGUAAUCGACGACAAAGUCAGAAUUCCUAUAUUACAUGUGAUCGCUUCUAUAUUAGCUUGGGCAUCCUCCGUUAUAAAUCCUUUUAUAUACGCUGGUACCAACAAAUUGUAUAGAGAAGCUUACAAGCAAAUUUUAUGUCCUGUUUCAAGCAAAAUACCAACGACUGGCCCAAAACCAACGCACUCGCACUCAAGCAAAAUCUCUUCCCCUCCAUUGACGUGACUAAUAUCGUCAAUUCCGAUUGCACUCAUUUGGAUUAAUUAAUUUCUAAUUUUUUUGUUCUUUUUUUUUUUUUUUUUUUUUUUUUUAAGUUAUAAUUAGAACGAACGAAUUUAAUUAUUUAAACAAUUGUAAAGAUAUUGGCGUUAGAAAUAGAUCGAUAUACUAUAGUGUGUGAUUUUGUGAACAGUUCCGUUUAAAUGGCGAUUAUUUUUAUAUUUGUAUUAUCUUAACAUAGAUUUGUACCAUACAGAUUUAUUUUGUAAAGUAUCAGCGCUUUCCAUAUAUUAUGAAUAUCGAUCUUGUAUAUAAUAUUAUAAAACAAAAAUACAUUUUUUGUUAUUUUUACAAUACAUUUGGAAUGUUCAAGUAGAGAAUUCGUAUAUAUAAUAUAUUAUGGUAAUAUAGUAAUGGUAUUAUUUAUCUAGCGAAAUAUGGACGGAAAUUGUAGUUAUUAAAGUUAUAUAAAAAAAGAAAACAUCCGUUAAAAAAAAUACAAAUAUAAUAUACAUUUUAAAAACACUGAAUGAAAUUAAAUAUUAUCUAUUCUAGAGUAUAUAAAUGGUAACUGCAUAUGGUGUAUAAAAAGCUUAAUUUACGAACACCUUGUAAAUAUAAAUAGUAGAUAUGGUGCAAUAGAUAUCAGCACGAUUUACUGUUUAUCAACGUAACAAUAAAUCACUUACUUAUUGUACUUACACUUAA